CCCUGCUACUCAUCGUGAGCAUGUUAUCACAAAAUCGUAGACGCACGAUAGUAUCGAUACAAUAUCAACAACUAAUUGUACUCGGAUUCUGGCUGUCUGAAGAAAUAGACCCAAACAAGUUAAAAUGUUGCAACAAAAUAUAUUAGACCAACUUAAACAAUUUAUAGAAACAGUUAGCAAUGGCAACAGUAAUCCACAGCUACUAACAAAACCCUCACUAAUCAAAGUUGCGUUAAGUUUUCUCGAUGAGCUGCCGGCCACCCGCGACAUAGUGUUUGAUUAUUUUGGAAUUCUGGCGGAGAUUGGAGUUCAGCUGUAUAUAUCUCCCGAAAUGAUAGAUCAAAAAACGGGUCUGCCUAUAUCGCAAAUGAAACAGGAUGGCAAUCCGCAUCAACAAAUGCGAGCAGAGGAAUAUGAAAGCUUUAAUAUGGUCAAGACAUCGCUACAGAACUUAAUAUGGAAAGGGCCGCCGGCAUGGUCGCCACUCAUAGCCAACUGGAGCUUGGAGCUAGUGGCUAAGUUAUCCGAUAAGUACACAAAGAGACGCAUGACCAUUCCUGCAUCAUGCAACUAUUGGCUGGAAUGCAGUGCAAUGCACGGCCUGCUCACGCUGAUCAACAGUUGCUUUCGCAAGCUAAACAAUGCAGAAGCGGAGACAUGUGUGGAGACCAUGCUAAAUGCAUUUCAUCGUUAUCCGAUGACCUUUGACUGGAUUGUGGCGCGACUGGGCGGUUGUUUUCCAUACAAGAUCAUCAUGCAAAUACUGCAGUGCGGCAUUAAACGUUUUGUGGAAGAUUAUCGCUGUCAUUUGGACUCCGAAGCGGGUAUCCUGGACUACAUGACUUCGUGUCAUGAGCAACAGCUGCGUGCAGCAUUCUGUGAAAUGCUCAAGGAUGGCUUGGCGCCCAAGAAACCACUUGAUGUGGCUAUAGUACCAUUUCUCCUAAUAACCACAAACUAUUCCGAUGCUAUUCUACAGAGCUUGGUCAAUGUGUUUAUAGAUACAUAUACCGAAGACAUGUGCGAGGCAAUUGUGCUGAAGGCGCCGCUAUGGCUUAGCAAUAAAAUGUUUGCCGACAUGCAGCCUUCUCUAAAUAAUGCUGUCCUACGUCUUAAUCAACACGGCGCCAAGCUUCUCUUAAUGGUUGCCAAAUUGGCUGAAAAGUACGUUUGGUGUCAAGACUUUCUCGAUACGUCCAUGCAGGAAUUGGAGCAAUGGGUGCUUAACAUGCGUAACUUUCCUUUACUCGGAGACUUAGCUUGCGAGAAAACUAAGUAUAUGCUGUGGAAAAGCUGCCUAAGUACAAAUCUUUUGGAACAACAGACGGCAGUGCGAUUACUGCUCGUUGUCUCCUCACAGCAUCCUCAUAUCUAUUAUCAAACCAUAUCACAAUUGCUGCGGAAAUCGUAUGCUCAAAAUCCGAAUACAAUUGGAGCUCUGAUUCGCUUGCUGGGUGGCCAGAGCGGCGUUCUUAACUUUCCAAGCAUAACGCAAGGCUUCAAAAUGGUGCUGGAGGAUAUAACGCUGCAGGAGCAGGUUAACAAUCGUUUACCUGUUGAACCGGGUACCCCAUCUGAGGCAUAUAAUACCUUUUACAACCUCAAUCUACUGGCCAAAAUGCACAAGAAGAAUCAAUUUUCACACAUCAAGCCUCAGUUGUUGAUGCAAUCAUUGAACGAAUGCCUGCCAAAGAUAAUACAAAUUCUCGACUGCACAAUUCAAAAGCUGGUGUUACGGAUGGAUAAGCUUGCUGCUGAGCGCAGCGCUGAGAAAUUUAAAAACCAACAGGCCAAUAACAACAACAACAGUCACGAAACCCAACACGAUAUGUAUAAUGGAAAUGGCCCCAAUAAGCGAACUAAACUGGAACCAGGUGAAUUGGCCACGACGGAAGAAACACCUGAAGCAGCACGCAUGCGUUUGGCGCAUCUAAUUGUCGAUCUGCUAAACAAUAUGGAAGCAGGAGCACGCAGCAAUGUGCUGCGAACACCGCUGGUGCUCAAACUGGCCGUGUUAAGCGUAAAGUACUUCUUUGUGGGUCUCACCGAAGAAACUAUAAUUCGUCGCGCGGCAGCCGCUCAUCGAGCGUUUGCUUUGCUGCAGCGUCAAUGCACUGCACGAAAAAUUGCACGCACUGUUUGUCUGCGGGAGCUGGUGGAAAGUGCACUCUUCUACCAUGGCCAUUUACUUGGCCAACUAGAGGAGUACGAGCUGGAUGAGUUACAAAUUCCUGAGCAAGAGUUGCUUAUAGUACAAAAUUUGCACACCAGCUCUGGAACGAACUCAAAUCGUUCUGUACUGCACUCAGGUGUUAUUGGCCGAGGACUGCGACCUGUGCUGCCCACAAAUAACAGAAGCUGCGAUGCGGAAAAGCAAGCACUCUAUCUAAAGGCUCUGAAUGCAUGCUGCUUGGAUCUGGAAAAGCCCAACAACGUUGAGGGAUAUUCGCUGGUGUCGCUAACGCUUGUUGAAUUGGUCUCAACGGAUGUUAUGUACAAUGGACUGCCCUUUCCUGAUGAGGAGUUCUCUCGGGUCACAAUGGAACGAGAUAUGCAAAUACGUCGUGCCUUUAUAACAUCGCCUGUACUUUGGGCUGUUCUUGGCUUAAUCGCAACCCAUAGGCCCGCAUUGUGCUACUCCUCGGUGCUGCUACGUGCACUGUGCGCAACAUGUUUGCAUCAUUGGCGCGGCAAGAAUGUCAACAAAUUCCAACCCACAUCCGCCAACGAUGAGCUCAUGCUGUGCACUAAAAAGCUGCUACAGUUGCUGACAAUAAGCCAGCUUAUACCGCCACCGCUAUCCAACCUGCAUACGAUCAUUGAGCACUUCGAUGCUCCGGAGAUUGCUGUGCUGCUGCGUGAGUGCAUUUGGAAUUAUUUAAAGGAUCAUGUGCCCUCGCCUGCGCUCUUUCACGUAGACAACAAUGGUCUGCACUGGCGAAACACAAGCCAGGUGAAGGUGCCACCGCAAUAUGUUGACACAUUACGCCACCUAAUGCAAAGGAAGCUUAGCAAACUCGGAGCGCACUAUCAUCAAAUGUUCAUAAUGAGCGAUUUGCACAUAAGCUCAGUCGCUCCAGCAAUAGCAGAGCCAACAGCGUUCGCACCCAAAACCAGCAUUGAAGUCGUAGAAUUGGAGUAAUAUAAUUAGUUAGCUAACUGUUAAGUUUAAAGUUUGCAAUGCCAAGUAAGGAUCUACAAAAUUUGUCAAUAAACAAAUAUUCCAUAAAUUA